CAGAAGUAAAUCUGGGCUGCUUGACCCGACCCGGUCUCUAGGCCUUCUGACUAGUACGCGGGUGAAUCACACUAUCCUUUAUCAGACGCAACCCAAUAGCUUAGCGGCAACCGUCGUGACUUCCUCGUUUUGGCUGUCCACGCUCGAAACCCUAAUUCCAGAGAUUCGCGGCGAAAAUCACAGCCCCGAUUCCGAUGGAGGGACUCGGCAGCGACCGAGCGGCGGAGACGUCACCAGUGGCCCAAUGGAAGAGCGAUUUCUCGAGAGCAUUCCAGUACUAUCUGGAUCGGUCCACGCCUCACACGCUUCAGAGGUGGCUUGGAACCCUAGUUGUGGCGAUGAUCUACAUUCUGCGUGUCUACUAUGUCCAGGGCUUCUAUGUGAUCUCGUAUGGGCUCGGAAUCUACGUCUUGAACCUCUUGAUUGGGUUCUUCUCACCGAAAGUUGACCCGGAGCUUGAACCUUUGGAUGGCCCUUCACUGCCGACCAAAGGUGCUGAUGAGUUCAAGCCUUUCGUUCGCCGCCUCCCCGAGUUUAAGUUCUGGUAUUCAAUCACAAAGGCUUUCGUUAUUGCAUUUAUCAUGACCUUCAUCUCUGUACUGGAUGUGCCUGUUUUCUGGCCGAUAUUGUUAUGCUACUGGAUUGUGCUAUUUGUCCUCACAAUGAAACGACAGAUCCUACACAUGAUCAAAUACAAAUAUGUCCCAUUUGAUAUUGGAAAGCAGAGGUACACUGGAAAGAAGUAACCUGGAUAGAAGCGGUUUUUCUACAUAUCUAAACACAAACCCAGAAAAGUGCUGUCGGUUUGUAGACCUUGUGCUAAAGCAAAAUGAUAAUUUUGGGAACUUAAAUACGCUUUUGAAGGUAAUAUUGUUAGAGCAUUUGUAACAUGGGUUAGAUUCUCUAGUUUAGGAGAAAUGUAUGACAGGUCUUGAAACACAUUUAAUGUUUACAGUAAUCUUUCUGGUGUUGUGUGUGCACUUACGGGGGCAUGCACCCAAUGUCCGUGUGUUUCUUGUAAGCAAAUUCUGAAGCAUGAUAACUACUUCAUAUUCCA